AUGUCGUAAAUCUAAAAUAUAGAUGAAAAUCUUAGUGAAUUUAGCUUUGCAUAUAAUAAUGAAACUACUUAAUUGAAUAUCUCAAACUAAUUCAGAUUUAAUAAAAUUGAAGAAGAAGAAUCGUUAUAAGGGAGGUAUCUUCUUCGAAAAUACAUGCAUAAUUUAGAUUUUCUUCCAACUUAAUCCACUAUCAUAUCUUAUUCUAGACCUUUUUCUUCAAAAAUAUACGCAGAUUAAGGGAUAAUAGAAGGUCAUAACAACAAAUUCAACUGUAGUUUAGGAAUACCUAAGUUAACUUUAAAUCCCUUUAUCAAAGUAUGGAUGUCUCAUCAAUUAUGGAUUCCAUUGUAUGAACAUAGAAAUAGAAUUAAAAAAAUUAAAAAGUUGAUUGCCAAUUCAUCAAUAUAAUUAUCAUUUAACUAUGGUUUAGCCUUUAGUCAAACUCAUUUAGAUUUAAAUGAUACAUUUCACAAUCUUUAAUUUAGAGGCUUUAAUCAAAUGAUUGAGAUGAGCAAAUUGUAUAAUAGAAAAUAUGACACUUUUGCUAAAUUCGAUUUUAAAUAUAAUAUUCACAAUCUUUCAGGUAUGAAAGAAAAAAAUUUAUCAUAUUAAUUAUUUUGGUAUGGUUCAUUAUUAACUUUUGGACAUCCAAAGUCAUUAUUAUAAAACUUUAGAUCUUCUCUUGGUAUUGGAGUGUCAAUGCCAAUUGGAGGAAUGUAGCUUGAAGCAUUAGUUCCAAUUUACACCCAAAAAUAACAAUUUGACAAAGAUCCUAUAUUUUAGAUUAGAAUUGCUACAGAUGAUUGA